AGUUUCUCGGCCUGAAGCAGAAUCUCCUGGCAGUGCCUCUUUAAAUGUAGGAUGCAGAGCCCCUGUCCCUCUCCAGCAGCCCCAGGUUCAAGCUCUGCACCACCAAGUAUUAAACGUCUCUGGAUUCAAGGUCUUCCUCUGUAAAAAGAGAAGCGUAAUUUCUACUUUGCAGACUUGCUUCCUAAUUACGUAAUAAACAGGAAGCAAUAAUAUAGUAUAUAAAGUGCCUGUCUCAUGCCAGGCCCUCUGUAAAUGGGGGUUUCUUUUACUCAUUCAUCCACUUGCUUAACAAAUGAAUGGCCCUCUGUUAGACCCAGGAGCUGUGCGAAUGAGGGAGGCAGCAGUGAAGCAGAAAGGCAAGGCCUGGCUCGUGGACCCAGCACCUGGUGGUCUUCUCCUCUCCCUAACAGUGUGAAUCCGGUCAGACCCUAACAGUCCCUGUGUUUGGGCCUUGGAUCUCUAUUUCUCCAUCCAAAUGAGAACCUAGCAUCACUAUAAACAGGGCAGCCCCAAACAGAGCCUGAUCAGGAAUGAUCAGAUUCUGGUCUCAGUUCAGUUCAGUUCAGUCACUCAGUCCUGUCCAACUCUUUGCAGGACAGUUUAAAAAAAAAAAAAAAAAAAAACACUACAGACUAUAACUCAUUAUUGAGCCCUCAAAUCACUUACAACGUUGCACAUAGAUUUUUUUUUUUUUAUUAACGACUACUAUGGAAUGGAUGAAAAUAUCAGAGUGGUCCAUGUAAGCAAAGUAAGUUUGCUUCGUGAAUUUUCCUUGUUUUGUAUUAUAUGUCUCUGCGCUGACUGUAGGCUGUAAUGUAGAUGUAUUUCUUGCUGUGUCUUGAGGGGAAAACAAGGGAAACCUCUGCUCCUGGAACAUACGCAGAGAAAGACUGCACACGUUCCCCGUCGCCCAGUAGCCUGCGUGUGGGUGAAGUGCACGGGAGGGCGGCUGGGGCUCACAGGGCUCAGGGGGCCUUCUCCUGUGCAGGCAGCCCCCGGGCUGGGGGAGGACCCGGGCCUGGGUAGUCUGGUGGCUCUGAGCAUCUCGAGCAGUGGCUGCCUCAGGGGCUAAUUCCAUGACCAUUCCUUUCCUCAACCCACUCCAGCGCAGGAAGCUGCACACACCCCCUGAGCAGGGCCAGGGGCAGAACUGAAGUUGUUUUUUAUUGUCCCAGUUUCACACGUGCAUAUAGAGGUGAAGUGACUUGCCCAAAGUGAUGCUGCUUUGGAGCAGGACCUCGCCCUGGUCUCCAGCUCCUGCUGCCCAGAAGAGCCUAGUCUACUCCUAUCUUAUGUCACUUCCUACCGUUUCCAGAAUACAGGACAGGAUGUUCCUGGGAAAGGUGGAAGGAAGGGAGGGAUGAACGAAUGAACUAACAAAGGAUGCUCCAAAGGCCUUACUAAUGUUCUUCUCCUUUCUUCUGUAAAGCAGUUCUCAGCCGGCAGUGAUCUUGCCCCAGGGGCCUUGGCAAAGUCAGUGGUACAGAGGCUGAGAAGCCCUGUUAUUAAUACACAGAUCAUUAGCUCCAUUUUACAGACAAGAAGCCUGAGGCUCACAGACUCCCUAUAAGUUAGCCAAGGUUGUAGUCAGCAAAUGCAGGGUAGCACUGGGAUCUGGCCCAGACGCCAGAAGGGCUCAGCAUUUCAGGGGCCCCUGUAUUUCUGAAAGAGCUUUAUGCCCGCUUAUGGCAGCUCCCCUGCCCUGGCCUGGCAGUGGUGUGGCCCCUGGACUUUGGGUUGCAUCUAGCAAGGAGGCCAGAGGUCACUGGGCUGAGCAUCAAAACCAUUUCUACCAGUUUCGCGCUUCUCGUUUCUUAGCCUCUCAUGGCUCCAUCAACUCCACUAAGGCCCCCUCUGGCAGUGGCUGGCACUGACCCCCCUCUCUGGGAAGGCACGAAGGAGGCAAGGGCAGAGUUGUUUAGGCUCAGGUCUCUUCUGCUCCUACGUUUACCUUUGAUGGCAGCAUAAUCACUUCUAUAAAGGUAAACUGGGGCACCUCUGAGCUCACAAGAGAGCCCAGUACCCCUCGUCCAAGGAGCAUCUGGCCACCGAGGCUGGUCCCCCAGUGUCUGCAGAGAGCUCUUAGUGGAGCCGUGCCAAAAAGCCGGCCAGUGCUGGACCUGAGGUCCUUCCGAUGGAGGGGAGGGGCCAAGGACUGCACUGACUGAGUCAACCCAUCUGGCCACCAGGAGGUUUAAGGAGUGAUUCUCAGCAAUGCCAGCCAUCAGGAAUGAUCAGAAACAGUGCUUCUGUUAGCCUUUGUGGGGUGAGAGCCCUGCCUGAGGAUAUAAGAGCAACUGCAAAUCUGAUGGGAGUCUGCAGGAUUCAGAGGCUCCACAAGCCCAUGUUCAUGCCUCAUCCCAACUUUGCCUCAGAUUCCAGGUCAUAGCAGAAAUCAGCCAUGGCAAAUCAGUCCGUGCUACAAAGCAGGGCUUUUGCCCCAGAGAGCAAAACAUUGCUCUGCCCGCCCUGGCCACGCAAUCAGGAAACAGAAAUGGAACUGAAAAGCAGGUUGCUGGAAGCCAGCCCAUCACUUCGUCGUUCUCCUCCUCUCCCUGCCUCUGUGCCUUGCUUCUCUACUUACCUCCUGCAACUGGAUGGCCCCGGGUGUGUGACACCAGGUACUGGCACCCUCCUGUCAUGGGGAGCACUGGUUGGGUCAGACCCAAUCUUCCUUAUGCCUCCAACUCCAGACAUGGCCCCAGGUCUGGGCAAUGCUCGGAGGUUCCUGAGGAAGCAUCCCAUCCAGACACAGUGGACCAGGGACCAAGGCUGGAAGCGGGAGUCAGGCUGCACUGAGUCCCAGAGAGAAAGCAUCUCUGCUCCCCAGCUCUCUCUCAAGGGCAGGAGAACACCCACAGUGGCUGUGACUACAGAUCACAGCCAGCUCCUUGCACCUGGCAAGCCCAGGCGGGCUGGUUUCUUCAGUCACAUCCCUAGGAUCCCCUGGACUCCUACAUGCUGCAGGGCUCUGAGGCCCCUGUACGUGUGAUGUGAUUCAGGAAGGAUUUCGAUGCAUGCCAACGUGGCACUGCUGCUGGGGCCCCCAGUGCCAACCAACCAUGUUCCUGGGGUUGGAUAAAGCGGGCCCUGUCCUCUCCCAGUACUUAGAAGCCUCAGGGUUUGUGUGAGAACCCUUGGUUUUCCCAGUCUAGCCCCUAGGUUGGGGUUAUUUAAGCCAGGCUGGGCCAGGAUGCAAGCAGAAUCCCCUACCCUGGAGUGCCAAGAGCCACACCAGUGGAGCCAAAUGGUCAAACCAAGUGUGCUAUGACCUGUGUGCAAAUCAAAGGUGCAUUUUUCAUGGUUAAGAGGCACUGCCCAAUGGAAACCAGUCCAAGGCCGUCAAAGUGAGCCUAGCGCCAUCCCUCAGUUCGUCCCAGCUCUGCAAGGAGAGGGCACAGGUUAGCCCUGCCUGGGCUGGAUCUCCAGCUCUAGAACCCAGAGGACUGAACAAUCCAUACUGAGUGGAUGGAUGUGGGAACAAGCUUCAAAUGUGACUUCUGAGAGUCCAUGUCGACCUCUAUUAGAAUAUAAAUGAUCUUGAAGUUUCUGAUGUCCAAAAGUCCAGAGGAGUUAUAAGGAGAGAGCGAUCGUUGCAUUGGGAACUAGCUAGGGAGGAAUCAUCAAAGGCCAGACUGCAGGGCCCUGGAGCCAAAGGCGGGUGUGAUACAGCUCCAGCAAUCUGUAUGGGACAAGCUACCCAGGGAGCCUCAGUUCCAGCCAUAAGGAAUAAAAGAAGACAGGGGGAUGGAAGUAGUGGGCCUGCCACCCUGUAGACACUUGACACAGAUCCACACCCCUUUCCAACCAGGAAGUUGAUUUUGCCAUGUAAAACGUAGGACAUAGACAAGGACAUUCCUCUGAAACAGGAAGACUGUUGGAAAAUACACAGAGAGGUCAGGGCUUGGCCCGAGAAUGGCCAGCAGGGCAGUGCCCAGUGUGAAGCGGUGGAGGCUGUGUGCACAACAUCUGUGAUCCACAAGCUGGAGGAAGCCAGCUGUCAUGGUUCACUAUACUGAACUGCUCCUCAAGGCAACCCCGAGUCCAUGUCUCAGAAAACCACCCAGAAAGAUCGAGAAGAAUCAAUUCCAACCUGUUAGGGCCUCUGGGUGUGAUAAAGCCAACCCCUGUCAUUUCCACUGGCUUCCUGCUUCCCCCUUUACUGAAAACUGAAAACACCAUUCAAUUAAGGUAAUUAAAUCCACCCAAAGAGCUCAAGCUCAAAAACCACACUACAGGCAAGUGGUCAAACCCAGCAGCCAAGCAAACCCCAGCGGCUUCCUGUGCAAACUUGGGAGGCACACAAGGAGAAGGGAAGGGCCUGCCUACAGCCGGAGAGCAACCCUCCCAGCUCUCAAAGACCAGCCAACCAGAGCCUCCCCGGACAGGAGGGAGCCUGUGCCAACCCGCCGAAUCGUCACUUCUGCUCCUGUUGUUGUCAUGAAAAACUGGGCUGUGAAGUUCUUAGGACGUGAACAGAAUGAUAAACCAUCCUUUUCUCCAUGGAUCCUCAAUUCUCCCUUGAGCUCCACUCCAGGAGCCAGGCCACGCCCUUCUGUGCCUGAGCCCAGUGAUCAGAGGGGCCAGGGCUUCAUGCUGGAGAAAGUGUGGGGUGGUCAAGCGGUGAACCCGAACGGAAUCCCAGUCCCAGUUCUCUUUUUUACAUGCUAUGGCACUGAGCAGUAUCUGUGCCUCUCUGUGCCUUUCUUUCUCUGCCUAGAAAAUGGUGCUAAUGAAGACCUGUUGAACCCAUUCCAUCAGGGUCACAAGAGUCAAACGUGAUAAUGGAUCCCAGACUGUGUCCUGAACUGCAGAGUAACACGAAGUGAUGAGUCAUCCCAGGAUUCACUCACCGGACUGGCUUCCUCUGACUGUGAUCCACUUUGGGUACUAAAAGCUGAUGGGUAGCAAUGUCAGCAAAUGUCAGCGUGAAAAGAAGUUUUAAAACUACAGAUCCUAAAACGCAACAAGGCAGGCACCUGCAGCUCCCACUCCUGUAGCAGAGAAAAAGAAAUUCCCACUUUGCAAUUGCAUUUGAUCAUCAGGAAGCUCUAGUUUUGUGGGAAGAGAGCUGCAUCCAACCCUUCUGAAAUCACACCCAGAGGCACCCACUGGCUGACGGGGACAGGCUUCCUGGCUGGCGGACGAUGCAGGGGGGCAAGAAGUGCAUGGACGGCUUCAGCGACUCCUCAAGCAUCGGCAGCGUGCUGGACGACGCAGACAAGGAGGUGAGCAGCCUCACGGACCGCGCGUUCCGGAGCUUGUGCAUCUCAGAGGACGCGUCCUUCCAUGACUCCGACCUGGCCCUGUCCCCGGACAUCACCCGCCAGGUGUUUGGGAAUUUUCACCAGGGGACGGUGAGCCACACACACAGGAAAAGCGGCAUCUGGAGUCAGUUACCAUCCCAAGGCACUGAGCAUGCAGGCUGGGCGGCCACAUUCCAACAGCUGCCCAAGUACGUUCAAGGGGAGGAGAAGUACCCCAAAAGCAGCUCCCCACUGACACCAGCCCAGAGGCGACUGGAAGUGCCAGUUUCUGGCCUGAGGAGCAGCAACAAGCCUAUUUCCAAAGUGUCAUCUCUGAUCAAAUCUUUCGACAGGACGGAGAGCCAGCGCUGUGACAGCGGGCCUCCUACCAGCAAGCCCCCAGCUCUCAAAAAUCCCCCCAAAUUUGCCCCUCUUCCAGAAAGCGGCGUCAACUUCUGCUUCGAUUCUGCCUUUUUGACUGUCAGGAGGGUGCCUGCUGAAGUCUCCAGCACCCAUCAGGCCAGCCACCAGCCUGGCCGGAAGCACGGGGAGCAGGAAGCCCCCAGGAAUCCCGAAAUGGCCAGUCAUGGCCCCAACAGCUUCCUGCCAACACCUGAACAUGCAGCCAAUUCAUUUGAGCCAAAGUUCCCCUCUCCUGCCCACAAGGCGGCCACCAGUGAGCCUGGAAGGGGCCAGGAGUGGGCUCGCAAAGGGACCUUUCUCCAUAGCGAGAACAGUGCUUUUGAGUCAUGGAAUGCCCACCAGCCGAGGCUACCCGAGAGAAAGGAUGCUGCUGACGCUGUCCCAGAAAGCAAGGCUCUCAAGCGUUAUGAGGACACGCCCUUGUUAAGAGAGCCCCCAGCCUCUGAGCAAAAAACCUCCCCCUGCCAUGUCCGGGCCAACUGCAGUCAGGAAGAGAACAAGAUGGCUGCAGGGACUCUCUCCACAUCUGGAACCUGGGUGUCGAGGGAUUUGGGAGCCCAGAUAUUUGCUAUGGAAGAAAAACCUUCCAGCUCACAGGCUGACCCUCCUCCGUUGAAACCGACCCAUGCCCCCUGGAGGAAACCAAAGCCUGGCAAGGGAGGGAAAGACAAUCUGCAAGAUGCUUUGGAAGAGAAGAAACAGACGAACUGGAGAGGCCCAGCCUUGUAUACAAAGCACAAUCCCCAGGCGCAGUUUCCAGAAAAGGAUGCCCUUGAUAUGCCUGUGGAGCCCAACGAGCAUUACGAUCCUCCUUUCAACAUCAGUAAGCUUCUGACCCCUGUCAUACCCACCAAACAGGUCCUGGAAUCGUCUGACAGCCAGCCAGCGGAGAUAACCCCUUCACCCCCAGGACAGCUAAAUGGAUACCAAGAGAAGGAUCCCAGUGAAUGUCAGUCCCGGGACAGCUACAAAUCUAAAGCCCCCAGCCUGAUGUUCAACCUCAAAGAUGUGCGGAAGCGUGUGAAAAGCACAUACAGUCCCUCGCCUCUCAUGAAAGGCCUGGAUGAGAAAACCAGAGACAACCAAGAAUCCCUGAGCAACGGUGGACUCCUUCCCAAUGGGCUCGAGGAAAACCCUCCAGAUGAGUUCUCUAAGGAGACACUAGAUGACGGCCCUUCUGUGCCACUCACCAGUACCCAGAAGGACCCCAAAGCUGACCCUGAUGCAGCCUCUGCAGACAACUACCUAACUCCCACCUCACCAUCAACUAUCACCAAAGCCCCCUUCUGUGUCAACGGCGAGGCUGCCAACAGGAACAACUAUGAGAAGGACGAUACCAAUGGAGAAUCAGAGAUGCAUGAUGCCAGGCCCGGCUGGCGUUCAGACUCCAGGCAACGCCUCCGCAGGAAACAUCUGUCCCUGAAGCUUUGCAGUGAAGACCCUGAGGCAGGGAAGGCUGCAGAGACCCCAAAGACCUCGGGCCUAGAGAAUGGAUUCUUGAGAUCCAUCUCUCAAGAGACAGAACCUGAGAGACAGGCAGGACUUCAGAAUCCAAACUUCAACCGGAAAUUCUCCCCAGGGCCCCUUUCUCCCGAGGAGGAAGAUGUGUUUUAUAGUGACAGCCAGUCUGAUUUUAUGCCAGGCCUCAAAAGUAAGGCCAAAUUCAGCACCAGCUCUUCGGAUCAGUCCUUCGCCUCAUUUGAGGAUCAGCAGAAGACGUGGUUCAUGGAGACCCAGCAGGAAGACGGCAGGAACGACAUGAGUGCAGGUGACGGUCGGAAGGAUGAGCAGGAGAAAGUGAUGCAGGAAGAUGAGCUAGAGUAUGGUGCCGUGAGUAAUGGGAAUGCGUGCGUGGGGGAGCACAGCAAGCGGGAAUCCUUGCCAGAAGAAGAAAGUUUGCCAGGAGGUAGCCCCAGGAAGGCGCCGAGGGAGGAAGCUGAUUUCAGACGCACUGGGACUGGGGGAAGUAAGUCAGAUACAGCUCUGUCACAUGCCAGAGGCCUCGCCCCUUCACCAGGUUCCACUUCAAACAAGCACAUACUCUUCGCAAUUAAAGACAACACCCUGAGGGCCACCCCCGUGAUCAAACCCAUCAUGCUGCCCCUCCUGAGGUCCGUGUCCUCGGAGUCCCCACUGGGCAGUGGCCACAAAGAAGAAGAACUGCCAAGGCCAGGCUGGGGCGGGGAUGCUGGUCUCUGUGCCCCUGAGAGCCAGGAAAUGCCCAGCACGCUGACACCCACCAGUGCCCGGGGCACACACGUGAAGGGGGUGGCCUGUGAGGGGCUGGAGGACCAAGAGUGGGUGCCCAGCGCCACCAGGUCGGAGACCUCCCAGGCAGCCCCAAAGUGGUAUGUUCCAUCUUCUCCACUCACAGGAGAGGGCCAGGGGCUGAAGCCACCCCAAAAGGCCACACAGAAAGUUAUGGUGAACAAUGGCAAGAGCGGUUCAACAGACCCGGUGAAGCUGGACGCUCCAAGGUGCAUCCCUACCAUAACUUUGCCGGAAGAUGACCCAGAAGACCAGCUACCCCAACAGCAGCUGGGGACUUUUUGGGAAGAGCAGGUGCAAGGCUUCAAUAGUCACUUUUUGUCUACCCCCAGAGCAGGGCCCCCAGGGAGACGAUGGGUCACUGGUGAGCUGGCGGCUUCCGCCAAUGCCAGCUCCCUGGAGGAGAAUAGUGCAUGCUCCCCUGCUGCCAGCAGCAUUUGGGACGAUGCUUCCCAGGCCCCUACUGAGCCUGGCCUGCUGCCAGGGGAGCCUCCACACAGCAGCCCCUGGGCCAGCCCCAGCCCUGGCAGGGUGGCCCGGAGGGAAGACCUGACGCAUGCCCUUGUGUGGGAGCCUGGCUCCGAACCCCAGCUGGAGCCAUCAGCCGAAGACCUCAGGACGCUUUCUCCAAGAGGCUCACUGCUGGACGUGGCCACCAGCUCGGCUAGCCUCCUUGAGAAGCCAGAGCCUCCUGCUCAGCUGGAGAGGGCGGCUGGCAAGCCACCUGCAGUCCCGCCCAAAACAGAGAAGGCCCUGCGGCGGGCAAAGAAGCUGGCAAGCAAGAGGAGAAAGAUCGACCAGCCACAGGAGAAGCAUGGAGAACGCGGGGAAGAAAAGCUGAACCCUGAGGACUCAGAGCGUAGGCCGCUGUCCCCCGGAGAGAGGCCCCGGCCCAGGCUCCCCGUGGUCCGCGCCCUGCCCCCUCCCGCGCACCGCCACUCCGUGUCAGCCCUUUCAGAGCCCGUCCAGAGGAGGCCUGGGGGGCCCCAGUCCCUUACACCCCAGCCCCCUUACCCUGCCACCCAGAAGGUCCUCCAGGACCCCCAGUCUGGAGAGUACUUUGUCUUCGAUCUGCCGCUCCAGGUGAAAAUCAAGACCUUCUAUGACCCAGAGACAGGCAAAUACGUCAAGGUCUCCAUCCCAUCCUCUGAGGGGGCGUCCCCUGAGCCAACCCCGCCGGACGCCCUUGCUGCCCCCUACGUGCUGUACCCCGGCUUCCGGCCCCUGCCCGUGACGGCUCUGAUGCCCCUGCGCUGCUCCUCUCAGCUCUCUGCCCCCACCUUCCUAAGGCAGCGCCCUCACACCGCCGAGGCAGCCGGCCUCAGGCCCCAGAGCGUCCACGAGGCGGGCCUGCAGCUGCCCUCUGAGGCUCCCAGCAACCCCACCCAGCCCUCUGCAGGCCAGCGCCCCGAGGGGCCCCCACAGAGUGCAGGGCAGGAGGGGGGAGAUGCUCCAAGCCUGGGCAUCAUCCCCACCAACGACCUAGAGGACUUUGCCACAGAAGGCAUUUCUUGAGAAUCGUAGUGGACAAACCAGCCCCCGGCCCCACAACAAAACCAGAAAAGCUACUUCCCUCUCCCCCCCCGAACAAUCACACACACACAUACACACAUCAACUCAUACUCAGCCGUUUGAGAUCCCUAAAACUUGUGAGGAAGCCGGGAUCCUGAGCAAACCCAACCUGAGGGGCUCGCCUCCCUGGGAGGGUGCUGCUUUGCUCACAUAAGCAGAGUCCCUUCAGAGCUCCUGGAUCCCGGACCCACUCCUCUUCCUUUCUCCCUCCCUCCCUGCCUCCCUGUCCUUCUCCCCUGACCCUGGCACCCAUGUGUAUCCAGCCUGAUUCCUAACAAGCCUUCCCUUCAGCAUCCCACCCACGCCUCCUCAAGGGCCGGCUCACAGCCUGAGCACAGCUAAGGCCCCCAGAAACGCUGUACCCCGCUGAGCCCCGGCUGGCAACACACCGCCCAGCACAUCCCCUUCUAGGUCAGGUCAUACAGGGCCCACCCCACCCUCGCUCAGACCCAGCAGCUCUUCCGGCUCACCUUAGGGGGGAAACGGCUGAGGAGCAACCCAAGGCAAUCUUGCAGAAAUAUUUAUUUGAAUAGAAUGGGUUUUCUUUACUGAAGAAACUUUCCUCUGAAGGCUAUUUUCUGAUCAUCUUGUAAAAAGUGAAACAAGUCUUCAGAUGAGGCGUUGUC